CUUUUAUAAACAUUCUUCAUAUUUGAUCUCAUUUAAAAUUCUACUUUUCAAAAUUUAUCAUUUCAUAGUGUACUCUAUCAGAGAAUCAUUGCUUACCUUUGCACACAUUAAUGUUGACAAAAAGCAGAAUACCUAUUAGGUAUUAUUUGACGUAUACACUGUCAAAUUCGAAAUUCAAGUUAUGUCUGAAAAUUUGCGAUUCCCAGCCCAAGCCGUCCAAGGCAUCGAGCACGAAAAAUGGAAAGCCAUGGUGGACAGCGUUAUAGAUUUCAUAUCAGCGUCCAGAGCCAUGCUGCACCUGCUCAAUGACAAAUUAGCAGACAACGAAAAGUGGAACGAAGACCAAAGAAAGAAAAUCGAAGAGGAAAAAAACAUGACCGCAUUUUAUAAAGAUUACUUGAGCUUGGAAAUCGCACCAAAAUUGGAUAGAAUGUCAGCUACUACAGGAACUGCAAUUGAAAAUACCGAUGUUGAGAAAUUCAAGCGUGGUAUCGAAAUAAAGAGUGCAAUUGGAACUAUUCAAAAAAAUGAAGUCAAGCCGUGCAAAUCUUGUAAAAGUUGUAGAAAACUUGAGGAGUUACCACUCCCGGAACAUAGAGAUAAAAAUCCAAUAACCACUUCUUUUCGAAACAAGUUGUUUAGUACACAAGAAACUCAAUUGAUUGUGGAAAAUAGGUCUGAAGAAAGUCAAUAUGUGGCCGAAAAUAAGUCAAUUAAUAUUCAAACAUGUUCUAAAAUGGAAAGCAUUCCUACAGAUAUUAAAUGUAAAACACAAUGUUCUAAGCAUGCAAAUAAUAAUGUAACUUCUAGUCCAAAAGAAAGUAUGCUUCAGAAAAGCGCUAAUGCUCUCCCAAAAAAUACUCCGAAAUUCAGUAAAAUCCCUAAAACGCAAAGUUUCAAUGAUAGUAGAAACAAAAAUUCAUCAGUUGGGCAUACCGGAAAAGAAAGACCCAUGACUGCUAAAUCUAUAUGCAAGAAAAGAUUAUUUCAAAAAGAAGCAACUUACGAAGAUUUAAGUCAAAAAAGUAAAAGUCAGAUGCUAUAAUUACUAAAGGUGCUGGUUCUCUCCAAAGUCAAUGUGUUUUGUUCCAUGUCCAUGUAAAAACUCAAUAAAACCAAAAUAAUUUAUUUACAAAAAAAAAUAACGUAUUUUCACAAAUCCUGUAUUUAGUAUUCGUUAAUAGAUUGCCUCAGUUUUAUAACUUCUUCGAGGCCCCUACCACGUUUUACCGCCACUUCGUACCACAUUCUGACAUUCAGGAGAACAAUCUUCAAUGAAACUCCUAGUUACUUGUGGUUUCGCUCCAAAACCUCUACCAACUGGUGUCUGCUGUCCCGCCAUUCCUGAUUCAUGACACAUUUUUGGGUCCUGUUGUCCAAGCGAGUAUGUCUUGUUUCCCAUUAUUCCUGGUUCGUAUAUAUUCUGCCCCGGUGGACAGUAUUCUCUGCCAACUGGUCCAUAAGAAGCUCCUUGGUCUGGCGAGUUUCUGCUCAUCAUGCCUGGUUCGUAACCUAUUUCCUGGCCUGGUCCACAAUAUUCUGCCAUUAGAAGUUCCGGUGCCUUCCGCAUGAUUCCUGGUCCGUGAAAUGGUUUUUGG